CUUGCGUGUAUUACUCGCGUAUUUCUUGGAGUUUAAUUUCAAAAUCCUUUACCAUUUUCAAAUACAAUCAAAUGUGAUAAAAACAUAUAGUGACUUCAUAGAUUUUGUGUAAAUGCUACCGAAAAUCAGAGCCUUUAAAUGCGAAAUAUGUGGCAAUCUCUAUACUCGCGAUGUUCCCGAAAAAAGGAAAUUCAUGGCGAAAUUCCCGUUGGAUGAAGACCGGUGCAAGCAGUGGGUCAAAUUAAUUGGGAACGAAGACCUGGUAUAUCUUCCCAUAGAAAAGUUACAUGAAUUAAAAUUUGUAUGCGCAGACCAUUUCGAAAAAAAAGCUUUUAAUAAAAAACAAUCAACUUAAAAAGUCUGCCAUCUGCCAUACCUUCAAAAACUUUAAAAGCUGAUCCACUUCCUGAUGAAAUGCUGCUUAAUUUUCCUUGUCAUGUUUAUUCGAAAAGGAACAUUCCUACGAAUCUCGACCCUCUGGCGAUCGGUGACAAUGAAGUUUAUUCACUACCCCAAGUAGAAGCCGUUGUAGAAAACAUUGCUGGGCCUAGUAACUCGGAAUCAUUCAUGUCUGGACAGCAGCUGCCAUCUCAAGCCAUACCAUUGAAAAAGCUUGAAGCUAUUCCAAUCGCUGAUGAAACUCAGCUGAAUUUUUCCAAUAAUGCUUAUUCAAACAUUGUCGAUAAAAGGAAUGACAAUGAAGUUUCACUACCUCAAGUAGAAGCUAUCGCUGGGCCUAGUAACUCGGACUCAUUCAUGCCUGGACAGCAGCUGCCAUCUCAAGCCAUGCCAUUAAAAAAGCUUGAAGCUAUUCCAAUCACUGAUGAAACUCAGCUGAAUUUUUCCAAUAAUGCUUAUUCAAACAUUGUUGAUAAAAGGAAUGACAAUGAAGUUUCACUACCUCAAGUAGAAGCUAUCGCUGGGCCUAGUAACUCGGGCGUAUCUCAAACCACUGUUCCUGGCUCCGCUGCUCAGAACGGGGUCGCUGAACGCGCGAACAGGACCGUGAUGCAGGCUGCAAGAUGCGGGUCUGAGCAACGAAUUCUGGGCGGAGGCCGUUAACACGCGUCAAAAACCGCUGUCCUACGAAAGCUGUACUGGGGAGCACUCCUGAAGAAAAGUGGAGUGGGAAAAAGGUAUCUCUAAGUCAUUUACGUAUCUUUGGUUCUGUGGCUUAUGCGAUGACUUUGAAGCGUUCAAAAUUAGAUCCGAAAGGCAAAAAGUACAUUUUUGUUGGGUAUUGUCAGCAUACAAAGGGUUAUAGACUCUUAUAAUAGUGACAGAAAUAUAAUAAUGUGAUAUAUUUUUAGAACCGGCUCCGAAUGGCCUUUCAUUUAAUAUCACACACGAUUGGUUUCUGAACAAUUUUUUUUUCCAUACAAAAAAAGAUGACGUCAUAACUCUUCUACUUUUUUUUUCUUUUGGUGCUACGGGUCAAAUUGAUUCAAAUGGUCUAAACAUAAAUCGUACCAAUUUUCAUACUUUUAACACCAUUUGCAGCUAAUUCCCGAAUUUCAGGCUGUACCGCUAACACUAGUAGUGAGUGGUAAAUCAUAAAUCAUUUAUUUUUCGUAAUAAAUAUUUUUAAAUAAAUAUUUAAUAUAUUUAAAUAAAUAAAUAUUAUAGGACAAUUUUACACAGAUCGGCCUAGUCCCACAGCACAGUAAGCUCAAUAAGGCUUGUGUUGUAGGUACUAGACGACGAUAUAUAUAAUAUACACAUAUAUACAAAUACUUAUAUACAUAGAAAACAUCCAUAACUCAGGAACAAAUAUUUGUGAUGAACACACAAAUAAAUGCCCUUACCAGGAUUCGAACCCGGGACCUCCUGCUUCGAAGGCAGGGUCACUACCGACUAGGCUAGGAGGCCGUUAAACUUAUCAUUGUUACUUUUGUAUGUAAAUAAACUUGUUUUACAUACAAAAGUAACAAUGAUAAGGUUAGACAUAGGUACAUAAUUACAUAUUGUUUACCAUGAAAUGGGCUCGCCUCAGCAUAAUGCCGACCCGAGAGUCGGCGUUGGUCUUCCGGCGAGUCCAUUUUUGUGGGCCACGAUCACAGCUGUGGUACGUCUGAUGAUGCCAAUUUGACAUAAAAUUCUCAGAGUACGAGCGAUCGAACGAGUACGGUCACAAUACAUGAUUCGUCUAGCUCAGGUGAAUGUGAUGAUCCGGCCGAUGCAACUUAUAUUCCAGAGGAGGAGAGUACGAAUACUUCGGACAGUUCAACGGGUUCUCCACAUUUUGGAUUCCUAGCGGGCACGUCCGAUCCAGAUGCUCCACGGACUAUACAAGAAGCACCGAGUGGUCCAGAUGCUGACAAUUGGAGGGAAGCAAUGUCUUCAUUACAUUUCAGACCGGUGAGAAUAGGUGAGACUGCGGCGGACCCCCGUACAUAUACUCGUGGACCCCCAGGGGUCCGCGGACCACAGAGACCCACUGGAAAGCAGCCAAAAGAGUCUUGCGCUACUUGAAAGGUACCUUGGAUCUCCGUUUGACUUUUAAGAAAAGCAAGCAGCAGCUGGAUAUCACUGGAUAUGCGGAUGCAGACUGGGGCAAUGACGACGUGGACCGCCGGUCGUACACGGGCUACGUCUUUAAAAUAGAAUCAUAUAUGCUCGAGCAACAGCUGUCAGGUCAAAGAUUAAGUCACAAAGAAAUAUCCCAAUCACGUAAAAGGAACCGGUCACACAGUUCAGACCCACGCCCAUCACCUGCAUCAAGACAGUCGCAUUUACUGGGUCAUGAUUAUUGUAAAAAAAACAAGAGCAGCUUCCAAUCACCUAAAAGAAAAAAGUUAUCUGCUACUACAGAGCCAUCUACAUCGAGACAGAGUCAGAGAGUCACAUUUACUAGACCAUGAUUAUUCUAAAAAAAAGAAGAGCAUCCUCCAAUCACCUAUAAGAAAAAAGUUAUCUGCCAAAGAUUUACAAGUGUCACCUCGAAAAAGAAAAUUAUUAAAAAAAAUGAUUUCUACAAGCAGAAAAUAUCAACAUUGCGUGAAGGAAAUGUAAUGCCCCGCAUAAAAUCAUUAGCUCUGAAGACCUUAAUAACUGCGUAUUUACGCAAUAACCGUAGAAAUGCGCGAGGAAAAAGAUGGACCCCAAUAGAAAAAGCAUUGGCAAUAGCGAUUUACAAGAAAUCUCCCAGGACAUAUCGUCAUUUGUUGCAACUGGUGGCCUUGCCCAGCAUUAGGACAUUACAAAGUCAACUUCAAAACAUGGAAUUAGAGCCGGGCAUCAUCCCGACUAUAAUGAAUCAUUUUAAAAAGAAGGCGACAGCAAUAACUGAAAAAGAUAGGCUGGUCGCUUUACUUUUUGACGAGAUUGCUUUGAAAAAGCGUCCGAUUUUAAACACCAGAUCAGAUAAAAUUGAAGGAUUUACGGAUUUAGGAGAAACUCGAUACAGAAGUGCAGAAGUGGCAGAUCACGCCUGUUUUCAUGGUACAAGGCUAACA